AUGUUUCCACUACUUAGAAGUAAAUCUCUUGUAGAGACAACUCUGCCACAUGUACAUCUAAAGCAUAUUGAACAUCAACAUCAAACGAAUGAACAACUACUUGAUACAAUUGAUAAGCUUCUUCAUCAAUUAUCAUCUGCUCAACCAUUUUGUCUUGAAGAACUUGAACAAUGGCGUCAAACAGCUUAUCAAUCUAUAGAUCAAUAUUGCGAAAAAAAACGUCAUGAUUUAAUUGAAAAACAACAAGAAAAGUAUAAAAUAGAACUUCAUCAUCUACAAAAUGAAGUCAAUCAAUUAAUUAAAGAAGAAAAUCGAACAGAAAAUCAAUAUAUUUUAAUUAAUCAUAAUAUUCAAUUAACAGAAAUAAAAAUUAAUGAAUUAGAAAAUCUUCGAUUAACUCUUUAUCCAUUAGUUAUCGAUGAAAAACUUAUUGUUCAACAACAUAUUUUUCCUUUAUCUCAUCCUUAUCGAACCAUUCGUAUGACAACUGAUAUUGAAAGUUCAAUGGCUGUCAAUGAUAAAUAUCUUCUUGUUGAUCGAAAAAAUAUACAUCUAUGUUUACUUGAUCAAAAUUUAAAAAUUAUUAAUGAAAUACCAUAUACACAUUAUGGUAUUCAUAGUAUUUGUUGGUCAUCAACAAUUAAUCGAUUUAUUAUCAUUACAUUUAAAGAAAUAUUAACACUUGAUGCAAAUACAAUGAUAUUGGAAGAGUCUUCUAUUUCAUUGAAUGAAAAUUGGUAUCGUGGAACUUGUUCCGAACACACUUUAUUCUUAUCAACAGUAGAAUUGGGUUCAUCAAUCUAUGAAUUUAAUCUUCAAUUACCUUUUAAAUUUAUUAAAGAAUGGCAUUCACCUAUAACAUGUGAAAAAAAUGAAAUUAUUUGUGAUCUGAAAUAUAAGAAUAACUUUCUUGCUAUUUCUAUUUUUAAUAACCAUAAAGAUGAAAGUCGUCUUGAUUUACGUUCAUCAACAACACUCGAAUGUAUUUGGUCAGUUCGAAUUCAUGGACGUUGUCGUUGUUGUUCAAUUAAUAUUGAUCAAUGGUUAGUAAUGAAUUAUAAUGAUCAUCGAUUCUUUCAUAUUUCGGCUAAUGGAAAACUAUUAAAAUCGGAUAAAUACGAUCAACAUCAACGAAUUGAAGAUAUUCUUCAAUGGGGUGAAAAUGGUAUGGUCGUCUUAACCAAAAGUAGUGUUAAUUUGCAUAAACUUUAA